CUCACCUGUCCGCCACCUGUCUCCAUGGUUACAACGGGUGUUUUAACCGACGUAGGCUGCUUGGAGAAUGGGCGCUCUGCGCAUGCGCCGCAGCCGGUUCCCUGCUCUUUUCUGCGCUCUUUCUAACGGGUAAGUUCAACGUCGCAAAUGCUCAGCGUCUAUGAGCAAACGAGGCGUCGUUUCAGCGCCAGAAUGGACCUGGGACGGAGACGCGCAGCGUGUUAGCGAACUGCGCCAAAGGGACACGAGCGCAGCGGGUUGCCAAGGUAGUGAGGACGCGCGCGCAGCGCAGACGAGCACAGAGCGGACGGAGCGACGGAUAUUAAUGCUGCAGAGUGACAGCUCCUCAAUGCCCAAUGGACAAGUAUGAAAAGUUGGCCAAAAUUGGAGAGGGCUCCUACGGCGUGGUGUUCAAGUGCAGACACAGAGACAGCGGGCAGAUCGUGGCCAUCAAGAAGUUCGUGGAGUCCGAAGACGACCCGGUCAUCAAGAAGAUUGCACUGAGAGAAAUACGGAUGCUGAAGCAACUGAAGCACGUGAACCUGGUGAACCUGCUGGAGGUGUUCAGGAGGAAAAGACGGCUGCACCUGGUGUUUGAGUUCUGCGAGCAGACGGUGCUCAACGAGCUGGACAAACACCCUCGAGGGGUUCCAGAGGCACAGCUGAAAAGCAUAGUGUGGCAGACGCUGCAGGCCGUCAACUUCUGCCACAAGCAUAACUGCAUUCACCGUGACGUGAAGCCGGAGAACAUCCUCCUCACCAAGAGCGGCGUCAUCAAGCUCUGCGACUUCGGCUUUGCCCGCAUUCUGACUGGUCCCGAGGAUGACUACACGGACUACGUGGCAACCCGCUGGUACCGGGCCCCGGAGCUGUUGGUGGGGGACACUCAGUACGGGCCUCCUGUGGACGUGUGGGCUCUGGGCUGUGUCUUUGUCGAGCUGCUCCACGGGAAUCCGCUGUGGCCCGGGAAGUCUGACGUCGACCAGCUCUACCUCAUCCGAAAAACACUCGGCGACCUGAUCCCUCGUCACCAGCAGGCGUUCCGCUCCAACGUCUUCUUUAGUGGAGUCAGUAUUCCUGAGCCUGACACAAUGGAGCCCUUGGAAAAGCGCUUCUAUGGGGCGUCCCCUCAUGCCCUUCAGCUUAUGAAGUCGUGCUUGGUGAUGGACCCCUCUCUCCGCUUGUCCUGUGAAGAGCUGCUGGAGCUGCCAUACUUCCAGGAGGACGGAGGAGCCAACUGGGGCCGUGACAGCGAGCGUCUGGGAAGACGACACGACAAGGGCUCCAGACGCAGACAGCCAGGAGCUCAGUACCUGCCGCAGUUACCAAAUAGCAACAUCUCACCAGCACCGGAUGUGAAGAAACUGGUAAAGCAUAAAUAUCACCUGCCCAACAUCUGAGAAAGCAGCAGGUUUGUGGCUGACCUGAAAAUGUGAACUUGUGCUUUGUUUUGUUUUGUGCUAUAAUUUCAAUACAGACCAGUAUGAAGUCAUGUGUUCUUGGUGUUAGAGUGAAGAAGAGUAUUUUAUUUCUGUGAUCACAUAUUAUUACUUACACAACAGCAACAGUUACAUGAUAAACAAACAGCAGCCUAUUACUAAGAGACAUGUACACGUAGUCGCUGCUUAAAACCUUCUUGAACAGUAUAGAGCAAAAGUCAGUGUGCCAUCACCACUGGGACAAAAUGGUUUUCUGGUUUUCUGGCACAGCCAACUGAUCCUACCUUAGCUGCAUGUAUAAAAUAUGCAAUAGAUGAAGACAAUUAAUAAAAUACAAUUUUAAUAGUA